AAUGGGAUUUUUAGAGGGGAAAAUGGGAUUUUUGGGAUUAAAAAUGGGAUUUUAGGGAAAAACCCCCAAGAUUUUGGGAGGAGAAAUGGGAAAUUGGGGAAAAGUUGGAAUUUUGGGCUGGGAUUUGGGGGAAUUCCUGGGAUUUUGGGGGGUUUGGGAACGGGAACGGGAUCGGAUCGACCGCGAGCGCCUGGAGCGACACCGAGACCCCAAAGGAGCCUGGAGGAGGGAGUGGGACGCACAGAAACCCGAGGGGAUGUUUUUGGGGCUCCCGGAGGAUCCCGAGGGGGGGGGAGGGGCCCCCCCCAUCCCCCCCCGGGGGCAGCUCCGGCCCCUCCCCCACCCCCAGCGCAGGAGGGGCCGCGCCGGGGGGGGAGGGGCCUACAGUUUCCACGACGAUCGCUGGGAGCCGCAGCCGGAGCCCCAGAGCCCCGAGGUUCCAGGGAAGGUUCCGGAAGCGGCUCCGGGGGCUCCGGGCUCUCCGGGGGAUUCGGAUCAAUGGGAGGACGUCAGCGAGGAAGAGGAGGAGGAGGAGGAGGAGGAGCCCCAGGACCCCCCCAGACCGCCCCCCCCCGCCCCUCCCCCGCCUGAGGGGGGGGUCCCGGAGCCGCCCCUCCCCCCCCCGGAGCCCAGCGGGAGCCCCCCCGACGCAGUGCCGGGGGUGGAGAUCUCGGAUUUCCAGAGGGUUCGUUUCCGAGGAGCCAGCGACCCCCCCCAGGUGUGACGGGGGCGGGACCCUGAAUCCCACCUGAGGGACCCCAAAAUCCACCUGACGGACCCCAAAAUCCACCUGGGGACCCCAAAUCCCACC